AUGCUGCUAGUAUACGCCCUCUCCUUUAUUCCAUUAGUGAACGGAUGGACCUUCCUUUGGACCAACGCCACAGGCAAGGCUACCAUAAUUCACAAUGGUACUCAGCAUCUAAAGUGCACACAGAUCAGUCUCGCAAAAGGCAAAGAGUUUCAAUGGGAUCCGGAGAAUGAUGGAGUUUGCAUCGGCAUAUACUACGAUACCGAGUGCAAAACGGCCGGUGGUCUUUCGUGCAAUGCGUGGGACAAGAACGCCAGCACGAACUUCGAUGCCAUUUCAAUCUUUCCACCAGAUGAGUCUUCCACUGUGACAGUCGGACCUGCUCCAACCUCAACGAGCGGACCCUCAAGCUCCCCAGCCUCGACUGCCGCAACUACUACCUCCUCCUCUUCCACCUCCUCUUCCACCUCCUCUUCCUCCUCCACGUCUACUUCGACCAGUGUUGCAACAACAGGUAACAAGCCGUCUUCAUCUGGCUCGUCUCUCUCGGGAGGGGCAAUAGCAGGUAUUGUCAUCGGAGUAGUUGCCGGCGUCGUCCUAAUUGCCGCUCUAUUCUUCUUUGUUGGCCGACGGAACCGCAAGAACAAGGCUGCUGCUGCGAGCGCGCAGGCAGAUUCCAUGCCUCGAGGACCCUAUGCGCCACAGGGUCCAACGCCGGAUGGAAUAUAUGCACAAACUUCAUCAUUGAAUAAACCUGAAAAGCCGCCUACCUCGUCGUCAGGUGUGCCAUUGACCCAUCCUGCUUUAGGAUCGAGGGUGGCGGAGGUUAGUGGAGACAAGCCGGCUGCUGAGAUGGCACACACUCCGGUAAUGACCGAGAUUGAACUUGAUGGGACAAGUGCCGGUAAUCGGCAGUUGUACAGAUAA